AUUUUAUACGAUGACCUUAAGUUUAAUUUUCUUUGUUUAAUAUAUCUACGCAGUUUUUUUUUUUCAAAGAAAGUGUAUACCGCGAUUUGCUUUUCGUCGUUCUUCCCUUGAAACCAGAGCCGCCGGAGGUGGAGGUGGAGGUGGAGGUGGAGAUGGAGACGGAGCCGGAGCCGGGGCCAGGACCGGUAACGGAGGUAGAGAUGGAGAAGGAUAUGAGGAGAACAAACAUCAGGGAAUCUCGGACUUCGGAGGAAUCGAAUCCUUGCGCCAUCUGCCUCGGACCCAUUAUUCAAGAAUCAUUCCUUGAUAAAUGUUUCCAUAAGUUCUGUUACAACUGCAUUAUGCAAUGGACUAAAGUGGUUUCUGGCAAGCACUCUCUCAAACUUGCUUCUGUAAAGUGUCCUCUCUGCAAGGUGGAAAAUUUUUCUAUAAUACAUGGAUUUGUCGGAAGUUCAUUUCAACAGUCUUACAUUAAUCAGGAUUUUGGAUAUGGCUUUGUCUUAUCAAAAGCUCACAAGUACAGAUUACAGUGUUAUUACACCGAACCAGGGCUUUUGAGUGAUAUUUUUAGUGUGUCAAGCUAUUGGAAAUCACACAAGUAUCUACAUCCAAACCGUUGGCUCCAUACUUGGUUGAGAAGGGAAAUUCAAACCCUUAUGCAGGAGGAAGAUGUUGGCAUCGUUGUACACCACAUAUGUGGAGUGAUCGAUUCAUUUCAGACAAAGAGCAAACAACAACCAAAAAGAAACAAGCCAGAAGCCAAAAGUGAAGAGUUUCGAUCAUUAAUAUCUGAUGCAGCUAGGCCUUUUCUAGCAGCACGAACCGAUCUCUUUGUUAGUGAAGUGGAAUUGUUUCUUGCUUCGGGUUUGAAUAUUGAAGCCUAUGAUGCUGUUUACAAGCAGCGGCUAGGUUGGAGUUCCCCGGGGGAAACUAGUGAGAGUACUCAAGGAGAAACCAGUGAACUGAGAACUGUAAUUCCUUAUUUGUUUACCUUUGAUGAGGACUCUGAUGGAACAGAUUGAAAGUUUCAUCUGCAUAUGUUGCAAUUCAAGUUUUUCCAAUAUCAUAUAUUCGAUAUUUAUUUCCCCACAUUACUACCAAUGUAACAAUGUCUUUGUUUAUUGUCUUCUUAAUUUCAUAUUUUGAUCUGACUUAUCA